AUGGCCACGAACUUUGAGUGCCCCAAUAUCGAUGUGAAGACCGCGAUAAACCUCAUUGACGCAGAGAUUGCGAAACUGGAGGUUGAAAUCCCUUUACGUGACGAACACAUACGCCAACUCAAAUCCAAUCGGAACGAUCUGAUCCACGCGUCGAGUCUCCUGAUAGAGAUCCUUCGUGAAAUUCUAUGGCUAUGCGUCGCGACCACCCCGGUACAUAAACCUUUGGAAUGGAUCCCCCUUACCCAUGUUUGCAGCAGGUGGAGAAAGAUAGCUUUGGAUUACCCCCAAUUGUGGUCAAGAAUUUACGACCCCGAGACCUAUAUGGGUCCAUCUUGGCUGACGGCUUUUAUUGAGCGGUCGAAAAAUGCUCCGACGUUGGAUAUCUCAAACAACACGGGCUUCAGAUCUAGAGACCCCGCGACUCACUCGGCCAUUCGUCCAAUGCUCAGCCAGAUCCUCAGCCAGACUGCGCGACUGCGAGAGGUCAACCUUAAUGGAUCCCCGUCGAUGAAGGCACUCUUAGCGCCAAUGACAUCUUCGGCGCCUCAGCUACAAAGUCUAACCAUCGAAAAUUGGUCCUUGAAAGAGGGCAAUGUUUUCCCAGAUCAUUUCCUCAACGGACACGCACCUCGCUUGCGCCGCCUCGUCUUGGACAACUGCUACUUCCCCCCAAACCCAUCCGUCUUCGCAAAUAUUACCACGCUCCAACUCACCUUCGACGCUCGCCUCACCUCGCACCCUCCAGCCCGUGGAAUGAUCGCCGAUUUGGACAAGAUUCCUGCCCUGACUAAAUUAACUCUCGACUUGAGAGGAUAUGUCUUCCCCAAAAUCUUAUCUCUCCCCGAAAGACUUGUACUUCGGCGCCUUUCGGAGCUCACAGUCGUAGGGGAGUUUUGGCAAGCUUGCUCCCCUUUCCUCAAUGCCGUCAAGAUUCCUCCAGGCCCAAUAGCCCUUUCGAUCAUCAUCAGAGAUCAUAUUAUCAGAUCAGAUGAUCUUGACGACAUACGCUCGAAGGUGUCUUCCAUCUGGCUUUCACCCUCUGCUUCUUCAACCACUCCUUUACCAUUGGAGUCCCCUACAUCACUCACCUUCCGAAUCCAGCCAGUAUAUCCACACGCCAACCAUUUCUCGAAAGACGUCCUCGCCUGCGCUUCCGGAGGGGACAGUUCCUUUUCCCUGUGGUUGCGCGGCGGUUUUAACCAAGUUGUGGCCGAAAUCGACACACCCUUCUCCCUGCACAAUGUCGAGCACCUCGAACUGGCCCUUGACGAUUGGACCAGCAGAUCUCGCGAUAUCCAACGGUUUUUGGAUUUCUUCCCGUCUUUGCGCACCAUUGCCCUCUGCAAGAACGAAGCUUCCUCUGCUUUGGUCAAAUGCCUCAAGGAGAAACCCACCCAACCCCCCUUCCUGACAAGGAUCCAGCUCCGAGAUGUCGACUUUGCCUGUACCUACGAUCCCCGAGUCCUUGGCGAUCCUCCGCGCACCGACGAAGUAGAGUUUCUUGAAGCAUUUAUUCAAAUGCUACAUGCUCGGAAAGCCGCCGGGAAAAUGAUAGGCAACAUCGAGAUUGUGCAGUGCAAGAACCUGAGUCUAGAUGGUGUGCAAAGGAUGAAGGACGAAGUCAUGGGAGAUGUUGCCAUUGCUGCAUAG